AUUACUGCGCCAAUUUUCGUUGUUUCACGGCUUGAUACCAUCUGGAGCAUCGGCUUUGAUUGCUGUUCAGACGUCAAGCAUCGUCGGGUCUGCAGUGGUUUGGUAUCGCCGUAGUGCCCAGAACCAUAGCUACCCCGGUGUCUGACUCCGAUGCUGAUGGAUUGGGCCUUCUCGCGUGUAUAUCCCGCCAUGACCGACUGAUGACUGCUAUCCAGGAUGGGAAGAGACAGGAGAACUGCGCCUGGGGUGGGCGCCGGCGACCAUGCCAAGGAACGGCACAAGAGAGACCGUCGGGGCAACCUGAUAGAUUGGUCGGCGCCCCUACCCCCAGGCUUAGUUGCGCGGCCCGAGAAGCCGAAGAUCAGUUCCAAGCAUAAGUCAUGGUUUGAAUUCAUUGAGAACAAGGACAAGAAGAAGAAACUCGAGUUCGAGUUCACCGAGAAACGAGAGCCGCCGCCGGGCUUUGAGUUUGUUCCCAUUGGGAACCCAGCUCUGACAACGGCAUGCAAGGAGCUCUCGAGAGAGCAGGGCGCUAUGAUAUUCAUUGUCACGGCAUCAUCCCAGGGAGUUUCCAAGAGACUCAGCCUCCAUCUCAACCGGGUCGGUCAUCAUAUUCGGCAGACCAUCGUGGAGCAAGCACGCGCGUCCCUUGGGGAUAGUCAGCUAGGCGCUACGGGCACGGCACCUGGCGAGCCUGAGCCAAUUCCGGAGAAGCAAGAGGAUAUCAACAGACAGGCUGACGCAGCUAUAAGGGAUUUGUUUCCUCGCAUACCAAACACUGAUCGUCAAGCGAUCAUUGAGCAUGCUUUCAACAAGUCGAGGCUUCAACACGGCAAGGGAGACCCGCCUGUAGGGCUUGCUCCUGAUGUCACCCUUUCGCGCCGUGUACAGUUGGCUGUGCUUGCCCAUAUCCGGCACAACCAUACCAGAUAUGACCAGCUGCUUAGGGAAACAUCCUAUGUCAAUGCGAGGAAAGCUGUUGAGUCCCUCUGUCUCGAUAUCCUGGUCAAGUGGCGAGGGGACGAGGAGACGGGGCGCGACCAGCUUGAUGAGAUCCUCUGCGAAGUGGUUGUCAUUUCGGACUCUGAGAGUGACGAGUCUGACAACGAAGAGGAAGAUGGCGCAUCCACAACCUCCUCAGCGGACGAGAGCUCAGUAGAUGGCGAGGAGCAAGAACAUGCCUUGCCAAGCAGAACAACGGUGCCUUCCGUUAACGUAUUCCCCAACCCCUCGACUACUAACGGCUCCCGUGCUGAAGGGUUUCCACGAGCGGGCCAUGUGCCACAGAAGGUCGCCAAGCCCUCCCGCAAAGACCGGAGAGCAGCAAAGUGGGCGCAACGGGGAUUCCACCGUUAUCAGGCCGCUCGCGAUCAGGCCUGGCAUCAAGCUGUGGAGCGUCAGCGGCUGAAGGAUCACGCGUCAACUCAAUCAACUGGCGUCGUAGCCGUGGAGAAGUCCCCGACUCAUAGGCCACAGCCAUGGCGGGUUGGCGAGCCUGCCCUCCCUGACCGGGGGAUAGCGUCCGCCCGCAGCCCGGUCGAGUCGUCUCACAAUGGACAACAGGUUCACAGUGCUUCCUACCGUUCUGAAGACGCGAAUUCCAGGCUGCAGCGCUUCGCCUAUCGGCCUACCUACCCCCAACCGCAGGAGGGGCCCGCUCAACAGGACGUACCGGACAGUCGGCUCAGGCCUAUAGUUGGGUCACGGACUUUGCGGUAUGGAACCCCAGAGACCGAACUGGUAAGCUAUCAUGGCCAGGAUUUCAAGGAUUAUCCUGUCCCUUCAAUCGAGCCUACUUCUCCGCAGUCGUCUAAUGUUCGGCCACCGUUAUCCUUCCCCUAUCGGCACCGCGAGACUGGGCGCCCCAUUGGUCUCGAGAAUCCGGUACGGGUAGUGAGCCAGCACCAUGGCCCUGCAGGGCCACAAAGCACGGCGGCCUGGGCGCCUCGUCCAGCCUACGCCGAUAGCGGGUUUAUCAGGCUUCCUCCUCGUUUUGAGGCAAACCAGCCGUCUAUCGUACCUGACCAGCACCUGGAACCUUUUAUUGUGCUAAACUCGCAGUCCGUCAGUACAGCUCGGGGUACUGCUGCCACAGCUACUUCCGGUGGGUUAGGUGUACAGCCUCCGUCGUUACGGGGGGGUGACGCAGCACCCCGUGGUGAGCCGGCCAUUGGGUGGGCGACCCGGCCAAUCUGGAUCGGACACGACGGGGUUAUUCUUAGGUCGGAAGAAUCCCGCCCGAUAGUCAUCCCCGAUUACCCCUCGCCGCCUCGACAAGCGCGGACACGUCCUGUCUAUGUGUCAUCGGAGCACCCGCGCGCCUCUCCGACGGGUUGGACCAGAGAUGCCCGGCACCCAGAUCCCUCUUGGGCGGAUGAGCGCGACAGGCGACAUGCCGAUUCGAGGAAUGGCCGACAGGUGGAAACCCUGCAGGACGACGUUGGCGAGUUUGUGCGAGUCAAGAAUAAGUUUCCGAGGCAGCACGAGCCGCGCCCAAUUGCUGCGGACGAUGGGAGAUACGAUUUGCAGACCGUUGCGUCACAACAAGGCUUGAUGUCACAGCAAGUGGCUGACGGUCUUGCACGAUACGACCUUCAAAGUUUCCCCGCACGGGGCCAGCCGGUUGAACGGGUCGUGGCAAGGAUUGAACAAGCUGUAUUUCCACACGACAAUGCGCCUGUCUAUGGACGACAACCGGAGGGGUACCUGCGACAGGAACGGAUGGAUGAUGAUCAGGGCCGACGCCCAGGCCUCGAGCCUCGUACCUAUCCGACUCCUGGGCCUUACUACAGAGGGGACGGCAUCGUGUACCGGCCUCUUUCAGCCGCUAUACCGCAGAAUGGGCUUCCAUACGAGUCACACACUAGUCGGCCUGCCCCCGGAAGGGACGACGUGAUCGUGAUUGACUGAGUAACCAGGCUGCGUUCUUACCGAUGGGUCUAGCUCAGGCGUUAGCAUUGAUCCUAUACUUUCUGUUGGACAUUUCGUGUAUAUCUUCAUUGUACAAAACCCGAGACUCAUCUAAUGUACCCGGCCGACGGCGAAGCGUUCGGGAUGGGAAGGUGCGAUGACUUGGCG